AGGCGCGGUGGACGCGCACCACACGGUCCGGACGCGGCGAGGUGCGCCCUGCGCCGUCUCGGUGUCGCUCGAGUUGCCGCCGACGUCGUCGCCGCCGUUGGCCAAGCGUUGUUAUCGUCGUCUAGCCUAGCUCCUACCCCAGGAUGCCGUUCAUAUCCAAGGACUGGCGCAGUCCGGGCGAGGAAUGGGUGAAAACGGUCGAGGGCUGGGAGAAGAAGAAGAUCCUCGAGUGCGCCAACAACAAAACCCUCUCGCUUCUCCUACGCAGUGAAAAAGAACCUGGCGAUAAAAAGGAGAAGGACAAGAAGAAAGAAAACGCCGUCCAACCACAUUGUCACAUCACGCUGAAGUGUACACGCGAGAUUGCCGGCUUCAAUGGUCUGAGUGACGCCCUGAAGCGGCUGGAUUUCCUAUCCGCGGUACACGACUGCCGUCGAUUCAAUUACAUAGUCCGUCUCCUGGAUCUCCUGGUCAGUCAUAGGAUGGGCGGUCUUAGCGGAUGCGCUCAGAGAGUACUCUUCAACAUGCUCGAAGAAGUUGCUCUGGAAGUGUCGCUGUCGCAACAACAGACAGGAAGGCUGCGGCGUCUUAUAGAGAGAGUUCGAGCCUUCAGCGCUGGAUGUUGUUGGGGCGGUAGACCCUUGGGUUCUGUUAUCCUUUGGGAAAAACAUAAAGCAGCUUUGGAGAGAAUCUUGCAGAUUGCUUCGUCCAUUACGAUCACCCAGCCGGAUGAGGAGCAGCAACCUCAGUGGUCAGAUUUGCCGCCCGAGUGCCGUCGAGAGAUCCUUCUACGCCUGAGCGAUCCUCGAGACAUCGAAGCCUCGUCCGAAGCGUGCGAACACCUUGCCGUUCUGGCGCAGGAGCAGCGAAUCUGGCGCGAACUCGCUCAAUAUCAUUUCACGCCGCAGCAAAUUGCCACCACCAGACAAAAUAAUCCUGGAAAAGACUGGAAAACUAUAUUCACUAUUGCUCGGAGAUCGUUUGGAUUACGAGAGGAGUAUGCCGAAAUGAUACAGCUAUGCCGCAAUUGCCGUUGCUUGUUCUGGCGAUCGUUAGGUCAUCCCUGCAUCGCGGACCAAGACCCAGCGUUUCAGGAAAAACUGGCGGACGUUGAUCAAGCAUCUCUUCACGUACCGAUCCCUCCGCAGACCUUCCUGAAAUUUUUCUCACUGUGAAAGCUUCGCGUGACACGACUAUGAAAAUGUAAGAGUGCGUAAGAAUGCGUGAUGUAAGAAUGUACGGAAAGAAAUGGAAGAGCGGCGACGUAAUUGCUUUGCUCUGUGAACGAUUGUCGCUCGAUGGGAUGAAUGCUGUACGCGUAUGUGGAAGAAAUACAAUAACGUUUAAAAAUGUUGCGCUGCAUUUAGAGAGAGACUCUAAAACGUUAUCUUCUGAAAAAGUAUAUUUAACUCAAGAUAUAUUCUCUAUAUCUUCUAUCUCUCAAUAUACCGUAUGAACCUGAAAGAUAGAUAUCGGUAUUAGGAAUACGUCCUUUGAGAAAAUUCGAUAUCGACCUUAAUGAAUAACUGGAGGCCUACUUUACUCUAAUGAACGAGCUUGAACGCGUUAAAGAGGCUUCAAGGCCGCCCGGGAGAACCCACGUGUGCCUGCACAAACGCUAAUUUACCUGAUCCGAUACGGAUCAAUAUCUUUGGAAGUUUUAACUUUAAUUGCUUCGUAAUCAACAACUCGCUCAAGUUCCGUCGAGGAUUCCGAACUCUCUCUCUGGUCGUUAAGUAAUAUUCCCUUACUGAUUUUCAACUUCGUUCAGGCUCAUUCUGUAUCUUGAACGAGUGCAAUCGAUAUUUUCUGGUCGAUGGAAUCUCCCGUGUAAGUACGAGAUUCUUGAUUUGAUUUCUUUUGCUUCGAGAUUCCUGCGGGGCAUGGAUACAUUCUCUAAGAACGAUAAGGGAAGAUAUUUCCGUUAUCCUUCCGAAUUAUGGUUGUAGAGAGUAGAUACUAGUCGUGUAAACGCUGCUGUUUGAUAAAGAGAAAAGGUCAUCGCGCGCUCCCAUUCAGAGGGAUCAUGUAAGAAUGCUUAUAGAUUUACACCAGUAUACUUUCGAUAUUCGACGUCGACUACACGACUAAAUGAAUACAUGAUUUUGCGCUAAUAUUUCUUUAGGUACGUCUUCGCUGAUAAUAGUAUCAGUCUGUAAGUGUUGGUUGUUACAUUAUCGACAAAUCUCUAAGCAGGUUUGGCCUCCUGCAAUGAGAGCCAUUUCUUUUAUUAUCUGAAACGAGUUCGAGCCUAAUUAAAAAAAGGAGAGAAAAGGAAUUUGAUUUUCUCGCGAUUGCGCUCUGAAUGACAAAUUAUUUUUUCUACAUGAUAUCAACGAAGACAAUCGAGUCUGUUCUCGAGGAAUAUACUCCUCUUUCGUCAUUGCAGAAUUAUUUCGUCAAAGUUGAGACAUAAUGCAUGGAAAAUAAAAUGAAAAGAAGGAGACCGUCUCUUUGCGACUCUACUGCAUUUCGAAAUUGCAUUUAGAUUAAAUUAACGUGUCAAUCCUCGCGUUAUUUUAUUUUUAUUUGCUCCAACGGAAGAAACAUCCAUCACCAAAAGACAUUGCGGGCCAACCUUAUUAAUUUAUAAUGUAUAAGCUACGAUUUUUUCGUGCAAUAUUUUUCUACUCUCUCCUCGUUUUUCUCUUUUUAUUUCGCAGUAAUGUAAGUCCAGUCUUGGCGUAAUUCUCGGUCAAUUUAUUCGCAGGGAAGGCUUCUCUAAAACGACACGGAAAUGACAUUGUUAUCAUGAGUUAUCCGUCGUGAGGGACAACUCAAUCGACAAGUCGUCCGAGCGUUACACAUUGUACAUUAGCUAAUUUACAAAGUACAAAAUGUCAACCACAUCAUUACCAAUCGAUCGCAAAUGAGACGUGGACGAGGACCUCCCCCGCCUAUACAGGGUGUUAUAGUUAAAACAAUAGAGGAAGAUAGCGUGCGUUCUGUACUUUCGGUGUUCCGUAUGUUCGUUUGCAAAGACAGUCCUACAUUUGCAUAUUAUUAUUACUCACACCGCGCGGUGGUGCGUACGUCAAAAAACCAUGUAAGCCGUCGACGGGGAUUUCUAUAAGGAAGACCUAAGUUACGAUACAUAAUAUGUAUAUUAAAUAAGCGAAAGAGAAAUUGCACUGUUGUACCUAAUUGGAGAAUGAGAACGGGGAAAAAAUUAUACUGCCAAAGCCGAGGAUGCUAUUGCAUUUACGCGAGAGAGAAGAUGACGUUUGUGCAAAAAAAACCAACUUUUUUGUGUAGCGACGAGAGAUGUUUUUUUGAUAUUCGCCGUUUUAUUCAUAGCUGAAUCUUAUUGCAAAUCGCUGCGUUGACUUAAAAAAAGAAAAAAAAACAAUGUAUACUGACCUAGUCAGUCACUGUAAGGAGAGGCGCGA